ACCUACAGGUCUGCGGGAAGGCACUUCCGGUUCCGGCGCAGGUAGCAGGAGGAGAUGGCGGCGGCCGCGGCGGCAGCCGGGGAGGAGGACUGGGUUCUACCCUCUGAAGUAGAGGUGUUGGAGUCUAUCUACCUGGAUGAAUUACAGGUGGUUCAAGGAAAUGGGAGGUCUUCACCAUGGGAAAUCUGCAUCACGCUGCAUCCUGCUACAGCUGAAGACCAGGAUUCACAAUUUGUCUGCUUUACCUUGGUGUUGCUGGUCCCUGCACAGUAUCCCAAUGAGGUGCCUAAGAUCUCUAUCCGUAACCCCCGAGGGCUCUCAGAUGAACAGAUUCACAAGAUCUCACAGGCACUGAAUUGUGUGGCUGAGGCCGGACUAGGCACUGCUGUGCUCUAUGAACUCAUUGAGAAGGGAAAGGAGAUCCUCACAGACAACAAUAUUCCACAUGGCCAGUGUGUCAUCUGUCUCUAUGGUUUCCAGGAGAAAGAAGCUUUCACUAAGACCCCCUGUUACCACUACUUCCAUUGCCAUUGCCUGGCCCGCUACAUCCAGCACAUGGAGCAAGAACUCCUGGCCCAGAAGGAGGAGCAGCAGCAGCACCCCGGCUCUCCAGUGGAACAGGGUGUCGGCGUCCAGUGUCCAGUCUGCAGAGAGCUCCUGGUCUAUGACCUCGCCACGCUGCAGGCAGCUCCCCCACCUCAACAUCCUCUGGAGCCAUACCAGCCCGAUGCAGAGAGCUUGAGGCAGCGGGAGGAGAGGCAGCGGCUCUAUGAGAGGCAACAGCAGCGCGGGGGGAUCAUAGAUCCAGAAGCUGAACGGAACCGCUAUUUCAUCAGCCUCCAACAGCCUUCCCCUGUGGAGCCUGAGGUGGCUCAGGAUGCCUCCAAAGGAUCUCAGCCACCAGGUGCCCCUGCCACAGCUUUGCCCACCCCACCAGACACUCUGCCUGUUGCUCCACAGCAUACAAGAGAAAGGAUCUCGGGGGCUGGGCCAAGCCAACCAGGGCUGAAUGAGCUCCAGAGAGCAGAAAGAGACACCUCCAGGGCCUGCCGGACCCCUGGGCAACAGUCAGAGCAGAGAGACCUUCGGGGAAGUGGGAACUCUGCCCCCAAAGGCUCCAGUUGUACACAAGAACUGCCUCCUCCUACAGGGCCAUUCAAAGAGCCCAUGGACCUGAAGCCAGAGCCUCAGAGUCAAAGGGUUGAAGGCCCCACCAAGGAAAAGGGGGCUAGCAACUGGCAGGGCCCCCCAAACCGCAGGAACUGGGAAUGUGGUCGCUGGGAACGUUCCAAAGGCCGGACGCCUGGCUCCUCUUAUCCCCGCCUGCCUCGAGGUCGGGGAGCUUACCGUCCCAGUGCUCGCAGGGAACCUCCAGGCCUGGAACCAGAGGAGGCUUCCUAGCAGGAAUGCUGGGGGACAGGGAAUAAUGGGUGGGAGGGAAGCAAUAAAGAGUAUUGGCCCAGCUCAGCCAACUCUGCUUGCUGCUGCCUCUGGAAGUAAAAAGUCUAGUCUUUAGAAGCUAUAUCCUUGCCAAAUUUGUGAUGGAAGGAAGAGGCAAAGGUGGCAGGAUAAUUCUUUAAAUCCUUCUGUAUUUGUGUGGAAGUUGUGACGGCCAUGAAUGUUAGAAAAAGGAAUGUACUCCUAAA